AUGGGAGCAUACUUGAAUAAACCGAUUGUGGAGAAGUCGCGUGAAGUUGGGGAUGGAAAUGGACUCAAAUAUGCCUGCACCACUAUGCAAGGGUGGCGGGCAAACCAAGAGGAUGCACACAACUGUGUCAUUAAUAUUCAUAAUGAUUGGAACAUGUUUGCCGUGUACGAUGGUCAUGGUGGAAGUGAAGUAGCCAAGUUCACAGCCGACAAAUUUCCGAAUUUCUUAAAAGAACGAAAAUUUUGGGAAGAAGACGACAUUGAGGCUUGCUUGCAAAAGGCUUUUGUAGAUUUCGACGAUUUUCUCAGGUCCGAGAAUGCAAUGAAAGAUCUCGCUUAUCUGGCAAACCCGGAAAAGGCAGACAAAGGGAAUGAAUCGGAGGAUGAGGCUGAUCGCAUCGAAACAAUUGAAGAGAGUUCUCUCCCAUUGCACGAGUUAAUUAAAAAAUAUGGAUUUUCUGCACAGUCAAAUGGUGUUCCUCUAGCUGCCGCGUUUGCGAAACACCUUCGUGAAAGCGAAGGUACUGGCGAUGAUGAAGAAUAUGAGGACGAAGAAGAUGAAGAAGAGGAAGAAGAUGUGGAAGAAAAUAAAGAAGGGGAAGAAAAUGAAAAAGAAGAAGGACAAGAAGCUGAAAACGGAGAGUCAAAAAAUGAGGCUGAGACUAAGAAACAAGUGAAGAAACGCUGCAGUAAGUCACCCAUCCAGCUUAGUGCCAAGAAAUCUAAAUCUGAUGAGAAUAGCGAAGAACAGGCCGCAGAUAUUAAAGAAGGAUCUGCCGAAGUGAAAGGAGAAGAUGACGACGAAGACGAGGAGGAUCACGAUUUUGUCGCAGAAGAGGAAGAAGAGGAUGAAGAUGAAGAGGAAGAAUUUAGCGAGGAUGAAGAUGAAUCUGAUUUGUCGAGGUUUAUGCUGGGUAGUGGAGCUGAAGUUCCUGGAGACGAUUCGGGAACGACAGCUUGUGUUUGUUUAAUGAAUUCUGAAAAAAUAAUUGUUGCAAAUGCGGGAGAUUCAAGAGCGGUUCUCUGCCGUGCCGGGAAAGCCGUUGAUCUUUCGGUGGAUCAUAAACCAGAAGACGAAGGAGAAUCUCAAAGAAUUCACGCGGCUGGCGGCACUAUCGAAGACGGAAGAGUAAACGGCGGCCUCAAUUUGUCUCGUGCUCUGGGAGAUCAUUCCUAUAAAAAGAAUACCGAUAUCCCACUCAAAGACCAAAUGAUCAGCGCUCUGCCUGAUGUGAAAAUCGAGAAGCUGACACCCGAAGACGAAUUUUUGAUUGUUGCCUGUGACGGAAUUUGGAACUCGAUGGACUCUCAGCAAGUUGUCGAUUUUGCGCGAGACCUUCUGUCCCGAGGAAAAUCGUGCACGGAAGUUUGCGAUGCUCUGUGCGACGUUUGCCUUGCCGAUUCGACUGACGGCGAUGGUACAGGUUGUGACAACAUGACGGUGAUUUGUACGCAAUUCGUACGAUAA